ACUUCUCUCUUACAAAACGAUAUAUUUACUCUCCCAUUUCUCUCUUCUCAUUUUCCCCUUGGACCAAAAAAACCAAAGUGCCUAUCCUCAAGAAAAUGGAUAAUAGAGAUAUGGAUAACAAGCCAAGCCUUCUUAGUAAUAAGGUUUUAAUACUUUUAGCUGUUUGUUUUCUCUUUGUAUUUGUAGGGAUUUUUGCUAAUCACAAUAAUCACAAGUCAACCAAAGAUGAAAUUGAGACCACGAUGAUUGGGCCUCUCAUCCCAACGAGUAAUGUGAUUAUUUGGAAGACGUUGAGGCGCCAUCAUUCUUUUCAUCAUCAUCAUACUCAUAAUUCUAUCAAAUAUGUGAGCAAGAAACUUGUGCCAAGUGCGCCUAAUCCCCGUCACAACUGGAUCCCACCACAUUCUUGAGGUCCUCCAGAAUCGAUCGAACGGGAGUAUAACUUGAGCUUCAAUCAAAUACUGAUGGAAAGAUAGUGGGAUUGCUUAUGAGUGGGGUUGUUUCUGUAUUUGUAUGGAAUUAAACCCGACUAUGUGGAUUCUGUGGAUGUUAAACAAUUCUAACAAGUGACAUACCAACAUGACUUUUGGAAAAGCUUCAAAAAAAGGGAGCUAUUGAGAUUUGCUUCGCUGGGAUCCAGAAUUAAGUUGCACAGGCGUUCCAUCAUACGGAUUGAGGUGAAUGAUGCACAUGCCGACCUAUUCAGCAACAACUUGUCGAAAAUUUGAAAGAGCUUACACUUCGCAUCUUGAUUCAUUGCGCCUAUCGACUUGUCAAUGACUUGUCACAACGUAUUGAUCAACUCGUCUGACGAAAUGCUUCCGUCCUUCUUUCACGUAACUCCCGAUCGAAUCCGUCUCCUUGACUGACACUGAAGAAUGAAAGCUGUCAUCUUAUCUUCCUUCCUUCAAGACUAUGUUGAUGACUAGAUGACAAUGAAUUGGAACUUCGUCCAUAGCGAUGCUGACACUUCGGUUUGCAAAGGGAACUUCAUCUGUUGCUAGAGAUGACGAGUUGGGUUGCAUGAACGUAAUCAAAAUUCUGCAAAAACUUUGAAUCCUGUUUCAUUUUUGGUUUUAGCAAUAUUGUCGACAUGAAUAUUUAUGAUUUAUGUCAAUGUCGUUUGUAUUGUCUCCUUAUAUUUUGGAUUUUUUGUUGUAGUGCUCUUGGAGCACAUGCUUCUGUUGUGUAUUUCUGUAGUUUUGGCCAAACCAUUGUGGAGUAUCGGUGAUUUAUGUACUCAUGUUUAGCGUACAUGAAAACCUCACUUCUUCCCCUAAAAUUCUGUAAGCCCUCGUCAAUUGUGUUUUGACGUUUUUUGUAAGGCUUUGCAUGAUGUAUGUCAGGAUUUUGUCAUCAUCAAUUGUUGAUUGUACCUGCGUAAAACGGAUUUGCC